AAAAAAAUCUGAGUAGGCUUCCCUGAAACAAACGACUUGGCAACAAAUGACAUUAGCCUACAACAGACAAAUUUCACGAAAAAAAAAAAUCAUAGAACAAACACAUCGUGUUCUUCACCGAAUGAUUUUGAAUUGUCUACGCGUCUUGAUAUCAUCACAGCAGUGGGAUUGGUUUGAAGAACUUCCUGGUAUUAGGUUUUGUCAUAGGCAAUGUUUGAAGGGAGGGAGGGGAGAGAAUGUGAGCAUUUGUUCCACGACUAACAGUGAGACUGCUUUAAUAGUAUAGAAUAGGGACUUUAUAUGUAGUAACGUUGUAAGUUAAACAACCUGUUAUACAGCUACAAGUAUAAUUUUUCGGUUGGUGCAAGUGAUUUUUAGCUUUUUUAUAAAUAACGAGGAAACCCUACUCAGCAAGGACUGCUCUGUCAAAAUUAAAGUGUGAUUUAUUAACCUAAGCUGUCAUUUUUGUAGAGUAAAUGCUAUAUAGAAAAGGGUGUAGGAUAAGUAAAGGUCGCAGUGUUGGACUUUCCACAAGUCACAGAGGACCGUCUGAAGGACAGAACGACAGGAUUAAUAUUACAGCUUCGCGUACUUAAGGGAAUUCGCCUUAUGAAUGUUAUUAACCGUUUGCCGGUGAAGAUCAUUUGUCAUUUGGGAGAAGCACAUUGUCGUGCUUAAAACAGAACUUUAUAAGCCUACCCGCACAGCUGGGAUGGAGAAGGCGGUGGGCACAGACGGGGUGCGUGCUAUGAUGGAGAGCGCCCUCACAGCCAGAGACCGGGUGGGCGUGCAGGACUUUAUCCUGCUGGAGAACUAUACCAGCGAGGUGGCCUUCAUAGAGAACCUGCGCAAGAGGUUCAAGGAGAACCUCAUCUACACAUACAUUAGCUCAGUGCUGGUGUCAGUGAACCCGUACAAGGACCUGGAAAUCUACACCAAGCAGCACAUGGAGAGAUACCGGGGAGUCAACUUCUACGAGGUCUCCCCCCACAUCUAUGCUGUGUCAGAUAAUGCCUACCGCUCCAUGCGCACCGAGCGGCGGGACCAGUGCAUCCUCAUCUCUGGAGAGAGUGGCGCUGGGAAGACGGAGGCCUCCAAGAAGGUGCUGCAGUACUACGCCAUCACCUGCCCUGCCAGUGAGCAUGUGCAGACCGUCAAGGACCGCCUCCUGCAGUCCAACCCUGUCCUGGAGGCUUUUGGGAACGCCAAAACGCUGCGCAAUGACAACUCCAGCCGCUUCGGAAAAUACAUGGACAUUCAGUUUGAUUUCAAGGGUGCUCCGGUGGGGGGCCACAUCCUGAACUACCUGCUGGAGAAGUCGCGCGUGGUCCACCAGAACCACGGCGAGCGCAACUUCCACAUCUUCUACCAGCUGAUCGAGGGCGGCGAGGAGGACCUGCUGCGCAGGCUGGGCCUGGAGAGGAACUCGCAGCAGUAUCAGUACCUAGUCAAGGGAAACUGCCCCAAAGUGAGCUCCAUCAACGACCGCAGUGACUGGAAGGUGGUGAGGAAGGCUCUGAAAGUCAUCGGCUUCAGCGAUGAUGAUGUGGAGGAGCUGCUCAACAUUAUUGCCAGUGUGCUACACUUGGGGAAUGUCCAGUUCGCAGGAGAAGACAGUGGGAAUGCGUGGAUCCCUUCUGAGACACAGAUCAAAUACAUGUCCAGGCUGAUAGGAGUGGAUGUUGCUGUGCUGAGGGAGGCUCUCACACAUAAGAAGUUCAUUGUCAAAGGCGAGGAGCUGAUGAGCCCUCUAAACCAGGAGCAGGCUGCAGCAGCCCGUGACGCCCUCUCCAAGGCCGUGUACGGGCGCACCUUCACCUGGCUGGUCAACAAGAUCAACGAUUCUCUGGCGGUCAAGGAUGACUCAAGCAAGAACGCAUCUGUAAUUGGUCUUCUGGACAUCUAUGGGUUCGAAGUCUUCCAGAACAACAGUUUUGAGCAGUUCUGCAUCAACUACUGCAAUGAGAAGCUCCAGCAGCUGUUCAUCGAACUCACCCUCAAGUCUGAGCAGGAGGAGUAUGAGUCAGAGGGAAUCACGUGGGAGCCUGUGCAAUAUUUCAACAACAAGAUCAUCUGCGAUCUUGUGGAGGAGAAAUUCAAAGGCAUCAUCUCUAUUCUGGACGAGGAGUGUCUCCGGCCAGGAGAUGCCACCGAUAUCACCUUCCUGGAGAAGCUGGAGGAGACUGUAGGGGGCCAUGCUCAUUUCGUAACUCAUAAGCUGGCUGACGGAAAGACUCGGAAGGUCAUGGGCCGGGAAGAGUUCAGGCUGCUGCACUACGCUGGAGAGGUCAACUACAAUGUAAAUGGCUUUCUUGACAAAAACAAUGACCUCCUCUUCAGGAACUUAAAGGAGGUUAUGUGCAUGUCAGAAAACAAGAUCCUCACCCAGUGCUUCAACAGGGAGGAGCUGACCGACAAAAAGCGGCCAGAGACGGCGGCCACUCAGUUCAAGACCAGCCUGGCGAAGUUGAUGGAAAUUCUGAUGUCGAAGGAUCCGUCGUACGUGCGCUGCAUCAAGCCCAAUGAUGCCAAACAAGCAGGUCGUUUUGAUGAGGUUCUGAUCCGGCACCAGGUGAAGUAUCUGGGUCUGAUGGAGAACCUGAGGGUGAGACGCGCCGGAUUUGCCUACCGGAGGCGCUAUGAGAUCUUCCUGCAGAGGUAUAAGUCUCUGUGUCCAGACACCUGGCCCAGCUGGAACGGUCGUCUGGUAGACGGCGUUUCCACACUGGUCAAACACCUCGGUUACAAGCCUGAAGAGUACAAACUUGGCAGGUCUAAGAUUUUCAUCCGAUUCCCAAAGACUCUGUUUUCCACUGAAGAUGCAUUGGAAACGAGGAAAAACAGUAUAGCUACCAAACUGCAGUCAGCCUGGAAAGGCUAUAGCCAAAAGACUAAAUACCGCAAACUGAGGAACUCUGCCAUUGUGAUCCAGGCGUGGUGGAGAGGAAUCCUAGCUCGCAGGAGAGCAUUGCGCAGGAGGCAGGCAGUGGACACCAUCCGCAAGUUCAUCAAGGGCUUCAUCUACAGACAUCAGCCACGAUGCCCAGAGAAUGAGUACUUCCUGGACUAUGUGCGCUACUCCUUCCUGAUGAAACUCCACAGGAACCUGCCCAAGUCAGUGCUGGACAAAAGCUGGCCAACUCCCCCACCUGCCCUGUCUGAGGCAUCAGAGCUACUACGCAAAAUGUGCAUGCAGAACAUGGUAUGGAAGUACUGCAAGGGCAUCAGCCCAGAAUGGAAACACCAAAUGGAGCAAAAAAUGGUGGCAAGCGAAAUCUUCAAGGACAAGAAAGACAACUACACUCAAAGCGUCCCCAAACUCUUUGUUGGCACAAGGCUCAAUGGAGAUGAUAUCAACCCCAAGGUGCUCCAGGCUCUUGGAAGUGAGAAGAUGAAGUAUGCCGUUCCAGUGACCAAGUAUGACAGGAAAGGAUAUAAAGCGCGCUCCCGGCAGCUUAUCCUCACAGGAAACUGUGCCAUCAUCGUGGAGGAGACCAAACUCAAGCAGCGCGUUGACUACAACUCUCUAAAAGGGGCCUCGGUCAGCUCCCUCAGUGAUGGGAUAUUCGUUUUGCAUGUGCCGUGUGAGGACAACAAACAGAAGGGGGAUGUGGUUCUCCAGAGUGAUCAUGUCAUUGAGACUCUAACAAAAUUGGCAAUCUGUGCUGACAAAAUCAACAGCAUCAACAUCAACCAGGGGAGCAUACAAUUCACAGGGAGUCAAGGGAAGGAAGGAACCAUAGACUUCACUGCUGGCUCCGACCUGAUCAUUGCCAAGGCCAAGAAUGGGCAUCUGUCAGUGACGGCUCCUCGCCUCAACUCAAGAUGAUGGCAGUCACCAAGCACUUCCUGAUUCCACACUGGACUUCCUGUCCAGAUGCACCCUCCUGUCUGCCAAUCAUGACCGUGGACUGCCUCGUCUGCUUCGUCAAUCACACGCCGGCUCCGAUGACAGCAAACGAUUAUGCUUCCAAUUGUGAAUUUUCAAGCAAACUAAUCGAUAUUUAUGUUUAUAUAUAUAUUUUUGGGGGGAUUAAUACUGUUGCUAUUUGAACAUUAUAAGUUUAUAUUUGAAGCCAAGGAAUAACAAUUUUUCAGUGCAUUUUUCCUGCUCUCUCUUUACCUGCUGCUUUUUUGUGUUGGGAAGGGGAAUCCAUUGGAAAAAAGCUAGAGAUGACCUCAGCCAUGUCAUUGGAGAUAAUCAGGGUUAAGUGUUGGUUCGUCUCACUGCUCUCUGUUCAGUUUCAUCCGUUGUCAUCUGUCGUAUAUUCAGCUUCUGACCCUGUAUGCAUCUGCACCCAAUGCAGUAAGCAUUACAAAGUCGUGUCCUUCUUAAUGGGCCUUGUCAUUAGUUUUUAUGUUGAAAUGAUCUAUCAUUAUGUUUGGGUAAAGGUAUAGGCCAAGUCUGAGGUACACGUGCAGUCUUUUCUUUUUUUGCGUUGCCAAAUAAUUACAAAGUAAUUGAAGGGAAAUUACAUAAAACUUUGUGAGGUCUGUGUGCAGGGCACAUAAUGAAGAAGUACCAGGAAACUUAGGGAAGCCCACUCUGUUCACUGUUGUACUCACUCUGCAAAGCUCUCAGACACAUAUGUGGAGUGGUAAGACACGGGCAAAAGUAGCUUCAGACGGGGGAGAGAUGGGUAGGAAACAGGAGAGUUGAUGUUUGGCUUCUGUCUAAUUUGUCAUCCUAAACCAGUGUCUUUUAUCUAAUACUGAGUUGACACAGACACUACCUUAUUUAUAUUAGAUGUAUGACCAUGUUGAGUCUGAGAUGUAACAUGUAUAACAUUGUCCUAUAUUUCAUACUGUACAAACACAGCCAGACUCAACACUUUAUUACACAUGCAGCUACACAUAGACUUAGGAUAGAUAGUCCCUCCAAUACACUGGAUAGACAUCACUUCAAAGUGUUCCAAGUGCAGCCAUCUAUGUCAUCUUGGUAGUAUCUGUAAUUGUGUAAUAAGCAGAGUCUGAUUAUUUGUCAACACUAUAGCUCAGAUGUUUUACACAAGCAAGACAGAAAGGUAUACACAAAAUUAUAUUGUUCAGAUUGUGUAUUCUUGUAAGAUUGACUUUGUAUAUGUAGAUAUUGAAAUGCUACUAAAUGAAUGUUCCCACAUUAGACAAAACACAACGUUGUAGUCUUGACUGUUUUGAUUGAUACCGAUUCUGUUCAGGCGCUUGAAAGAUAGGAGUGACCUAAGAGUCGCAUUAUUUGGUUUUGCCUUGCUUUGUACUGCAUAAUUCACAACUAUUCGAUUUUUUUUGUAAGCUUUUCUGAACCAAUUGUUCUCCAUUGAGGAGAAAUGUGAAGGAAAACUGUAGUGUGAAAUGCCUUGGAUCAAAUGUAAAGUUAAUUGUAGAGUAAAAACAAUAAGACCAAAAACACUAUAUAUUUUUUUGUCAUCUGAAUACUUUGUAUAAAAAAAGGAGGCAACCAAUUUCUUAAUGCAUAAAAAAGCAUUCUUAUUCACAUUUUGUAAUUAUUUUAUACUAUUUGUGUAAUAUAAGAUUUAUUUAAUAGGUUUUGAAACUCGAAACAAAAUUUGCACCAGAGUAUGUUUGCAAAGGUUGUGGAAUUUCUGAAAGUGAUAUGAAUUUAUUCACCCACAAUUCUAUAGACUUGGUAGAGCUGCAGAGAUUAAGACCAUUCCCACUGUAAACACAACUGGAAAAUCCCAAAUAUGAUCCAAACCCUUUUGUGCACCUGUUUUGUGCUGUGUGCUCUUAACCCCCUUCAUGGGCAAGCCCUGUUUCAAGUUAGCUUUUGGUGAUGACACGCCACUGCACUGACAUUAGCCAGGAAAGCUGUAAGAGUUUUUGUUUUGUUCUGACCUCCUGAUGCAUCGGUUUUCAUUUUUGAAGUAAGCUUGCGAUGAUGAUCUGUGAUGAUUACAGACAAAUGAGAAUGCCAAGGGGUGGUAUGCUUUUCUUUUUUUCCCUUUUAGAAUGACACUAUUGUGCCUUCAACUACAGCUAAAUAUUUAAUACAUUUCUACUGGUUAAAGAACAACUUUUGUCUUUUAGCAUUUUAUUUUCUUCAGAGCGAUGUUUGGCAUCACCUAAUGUAUUCUGAAAUGGCAUAAUUAAACUUGUCAGUCCUUUCAAAUAAAAUGAAAUGUUUUAUGGUCCUAAUAGAAAAUCACAUUCACCUAUUAUUAUGUACACAUCUUGUAUAAAUGGACAAAUACUCUUACGUAUAAAAUGACAAAUAUCAACUGAAAGUUAAAAAAAUAAAGCACUAAAUAAUAGACA